AUGAAGUUCAACGUCAGCAUCGCUCUUCUUGCCACUGCCGGCUCUGCCGCCGCUACAUUCAAGCUCAAGACCGUCAGCGCCAAUGGCGAGAUCAACGGCAAAACUUUCAACGCUGCCCAGAGCAAGAUAUUUACCAAUUUGCAGAACCAGAACGCCCGCUGCCAGUCCGGCACCCAAGAUGACGCUACCUUCCAACUCCGCGAUGGCAAGCUCAUUCUCUAUGCGACCAGGUCUGCGCCUCAGCAGGUUUACGCCCAAACUAUUACUGCCGAGCAAGGCAAGAUGGGCUACGUCCGCCCCGGACAAGGCCUUCCACCCGGCAGUCAGCUUACUGGCUGGGCCGUUGAUGGGUCUGGCCACCUCAAGAUCAGCGGCGUUGGCUUCGUCGCUUGCCCCGGAGCUGGCCAGGGAGCUUGGACCAUUUAUGCCGAUGUUGGUCAUCACGAUGACUGUUUGAAGAUCCAAGUUGAGGCUGUUGACGAACCAAAGCCUCUGAGCUGCUACUAUACCGAGGUUGGGAAUUAG